AUGUGUAUUCUUUUGGGUGACUUUAAUAAGGUGCUUUCUCCUACAGAGAGAUUAAACUGCAGUAUCUUUUCUCCAUCUAUGCAGCUUUUUGCAGAUUUUAUUCAUAGCUCGAAUUUGAUUGAAUCGCCUUUACAAGGUCGUUUUUUUACAUGGCAGAAUUCUGUUUCAAAAUCAAAAAUUGAUAGGUGUUUUGUUUCAGCAGAUAUUUUGGUUGCGUGGCCGAAUUAUUUUGAAUCUUUUGUUGCGACUUCUUGGGCAAAUAUCAAAGCAACGGUCAUAGGGGAUUUAGUUUGCACGCUGCGGGAACUUAGAGUUCAGAUUAAGGGGUGGAAUCAUCAGGUAUUCGGCAAUUUGAACAACAAUCUUGAGGGCAUUCAUCAAUCUAUUCAUGAGCUGGAUUCGGCAGCUGACAUCUCUGAUCUCUCUGAGUUGGAUAGGGAGCGGCUUUCUUCUCUUCAAUCGGAGAGUUAUCGGGUUUCUAAGCAAUUGGAAUCACUUUGGCAUCAAAAAUCAAGGGAGCAAGUUUUUUUAUUUUAUAAAAAACUUUACAACAUGAAUAGUGGGGUUCCUUUUUCUCUUGAUAGCUUACCUCUUCACUGCCUCUAUGAUUCUCAUUCUUUGGCCUUGGUUGCUCCUUUUUUCAGAAGAGGAGAUUUUUCUAACUCUAAAGAGUUUACAGGAGCUUUUCCGCCAGGUAUCAAUACUGCUUUUCUUGUUCUUAUUCCGAAAGUUCAGGGAGCCUCUAAUAUUUCGGAUUUUAGACCUAUAAGUUUGAUUAAUGGUAUCUUCAAUUUGAUUCCGAAAGUGCUAGCCAAUAGGCUUUCUCCUUUGCUUCCUCAGCUUGUCUCAGAAAAUCAAUUUGGAUUUAUCAGAGGUCGGAAUAUCCAUGACUGGCAUAUAAUAGCUUCAGAAAUUAUUCACAUUGCUUCUCGCCGUAAGGAGAAACUUUUAAGGCUUUUGAUUCAAUCGGUUCUCAUUAAUGGGAGUCCAACUAAGAAUUUCUCUAUGGGGAAAGGAGUGAGGCAAGGGGAUCCGUUAUCGCCUAUGUUGUUUGUUCUAGCUGUGGAAGGCCUCAAAGCUAUGAUUAGUAAGGCAGUUGGUCUUGGUUUGUUUGAUGGGGUCCAAAUUGAUGGAUAUGUUGAUCCGGUUUCUAUCCUUCAAUUUGCUGAUGAUACUCUGCUCUUUAUUCCUCAAGAUUUUGAUAUGCUGAGGAACUUGCUGCGGAAGAGCUCUAUCUUGGGCAUUAAUGUAGCUGACAAGUCCCUUGCUACUGCUUCAGUUAUUCUUAAUUGUUCGGUUGAGAAAUUUCCUAUUACUUAUCUUGGCCUACCGCUCUCGACUAGACCUAUUAAAGCAUCGCUUUGGAAGCCUGUUGUCUCAAGGUUUUCAGAUCAAUUAGAUUUAUGGAAAGAAUCAGAGCCUUCUAUGCAAAUGGUUAUGGAAGCUUCGGUUGAAGGGAAAUUCUCUAUGGAAUUCAUAAUCUUUGAGAUAAAAAUUCAGAUAUUUGGUCUAUUUUUUUCAGAGGGAGUUUCGGUAAAAAUUGGUAAUGGUUAUGGAAUUUAUUUUUGGCAAGACACUUGGUCUGGUUCUUCUCCUCUUGCGGUUCGGUUCCCUGGUUUAUUUGCUUUGUCAAGAGAAAAAAUUGUUACGGUCAAUGAGCAGCGGCAGUGGUCAGCUUCCACGCCUCAAUUCCAAUUUAAUUGGAACCAUCGGCUGCGCAUAGGAGAGCAGCAGCUGCUGCAAGAUUUGGAAAUGGAAGUUUCAAAUGUCAGUAUGGAUGCCAAUAGGAAUGAUGUCUUCUACUGGAAAGGUAAGAUUAAUGCCUUCAAAUCUAGAAACAUUUCUUUUAUUUUGCAGCAAAAAAUUGGUGUGCAUGGGAUCUUUUUGAAUUUACGGGAUAGUAAUUUAAUUCCAGCUUUAUGGAAGUGGAAAAUUCUGCCACGAAUUCAAUUUUUUUCUUGGCUUCUUAUUAAUGAUAGAAUUUUUUCGAAUGCUUCUUUGGUUGCUAGAGGUAUCAUUGAUCCGAGUCUUAUUGGUUGUUUGGUGUGCAAUUUGGAAGAAUCGAAUAUGCACAUUAUUUUCCAUUGCCGUUUUGCAUGGAAAUUUUGGUGCUUUAUUUUGUCAAAGUGUGACAUUUUUUGGGUCUCGCCGGCUUCGGUGUCUCAGUUCUUCAUAUUAUGGACGUCUUAUUCUCAUCCAUCGUUCAAGGAUUUAUGGCGUCUUAUUUGGUUCUUCGGAAUUUGGGAGCUUUGGAUAUCUCGCAAUAAUAGGGUUUUCAAUGGUAUGGAGAGUUCUCAUGAGUCUCUAGCUUACUUAUGUAUUGGCAAGGCGGUUCACUUUUGUUCUUCUUUUCAUCCUCAAUUUCUUUAUAGCGGAAAUGAUGUGAGCUCAAUGGCAAUUGGUGUAAUUGGAGCCCAAUUUUUGGAGGAUUGUGUAUGGUUUGAUUUUGUAUUGUGUAGUAGAGCUUCCAUUCUAUAUUACGGAAGUCCCAGUUCAAAGCAUUCUUGGAAGGCUAUGUUCCUCUCUAGAGCUGUAGUAGUCGUCAGGAGUAGACCUAGUUUUAUAGGCAAUGUUGGAUAUGUGGUAUCGCUUUGUAAAACCCUCAUUUCUAAGUUUUUAUGCAAUGAUUUUCAGAAAAGCAAUGGUCCUGGAUACCAUUGCUUACAUAUGUGUUAUGUGAGAGUCUACCUAGGAACUACUGCAGCACAUAGGAUUCGAAUCAUGUCUUUUGCAUGUUCUCUUUGGGGGUUUUUAUCGUUCCAGCCUUCUGGUUUAAGUGGAUUUUUAUACGACUCGAUAACGAGGUUAGAGUAUCAAUCAUCGUACGACAUGAAGAUGUUAUCGAAGUCAUACGAUUGA